GGAUUCCAUCGACGCCUCUUCCCUUUGCCUUCGAACCUUCACCGCACUUCCCCUUCGCGCAAUCGAGGGUCGCGUCGAGUGCAAUGGCGGCCAGACUUCUCUUCCGGCAGCUCUUCGAGAAGGAAUCCUCGACCUACACUUACCUCCUCGCCGACCUCAGCCACCCCGACAAGCUUGCCGUUCUUAUUGAUCCGGUGGACAGAACUGUUGACAGAGACAUAACUCUUGUUAAAGAACUGGGGUUGAAACUUGUCUAUGCUAUGAAUACUCAUGUCCAUGCUGAUCAUGUUACAGGAACAGGAUUGAUAAAGGCUAAGAUGCCAGGUGUCAAGUCUGUCAUCUCUAAAGCUAGUAAAGCAGUAGCUGAUCAUGUGGUUGAACAUGGUGAUAAAAUAUAUUUUGGAGAUCUUUUUCUGGAGGUUCGUGCCACUCCUGGUCAUACUGUGGGUUGUGUCACCUAUGUAACAGGAGUUGGAUCUGAUCAGCCUUAUCCACGAAUGGCCUUCACUGGUGAUGCGUUGCUGAUUCAUGGCUGCGGAAGAACAGAUUUUCAGGGUGGAAGUUCACAUCAGCUGUACCAGUCAGUGCACUCACAGAUAUUCACAUUGCCAAAGGAUACGCUCCUUUACCCUGGUCAUGACUACAAAGGAUUCACGGUUACUACUGUUGGAGAGGAGAUUGUCUAUAAUCCUCGGCUAACAAAGGAUGAGGAAACAUUCAAGGACAUCAUGGAAAAUCUAAACUUGGCAUAUCCCAAGAUGAUGGAUGUUGCCGUACCAUCUAAUAUGGUCUGUGGGCUGCAAGAUAUAAUCUCAAAAGUCUAAAUAUCUUCCGAAUGAAAAUGUUGUAGGUGUGGUUCCCAGCGCACCAUAGUGUUUCAAAGAUUGCAUGUUCCAUUUUGUCAGUACAACUAGAUUUUCUGAGUGUUGAUACUUAAAGAAUCUCCUGUCUUUACUAGUGGAACCUAUUGGUUUUAGAAAAAUAAAAAGGUCCACUAUCUUGUAAUGUGGUGAUGUUACUAGUUGAGUACUACAUUCUUGGCUUUCAACUAUCGUUGAGGAGCCAUUUGGUGUGAAAAGACAAAUUUUCUACUCUAGCUUUUAAUUUGUUUUA